GUUGGUCCUUCCACUUUCUCCUCUCCCCUGAUUCUCAUUUUUCUCACAGCCUUUUAGAGGAGACUUGGGGAGUAUCUGGCAGAGGGAGUAGCAGCAGAAGAUCAGAGAAAGAUGAUGCUGGGGAAGAGGCCACGCGUCCCAAUGAAAAGAACGACGAGCAUGUCGGAGAUCACCUUUGAUCUUAACGCCAACGUCGACACUGCUGUCCCACCGUCCGAUCCUCAUAACCAGAACCCCUUCAGCCGCCAGAAUCAGCCUGGUGGUGGGGUUGAUGGGUUAGGUCAUCAGCGGUUCCUUCAGGCCAUGGUCUCACCCAAAAACCAUAGGCGUACUUCAGCUGAUUUUUCCGAGACCACCACGGCUCCUCACUUCUUGAGGUCUUGCUCCCUCUGCAAACGCCGCCUGGUUCCUGGUCGUGACAUCUACAUGUAUAGGGGUGACAGUGCUUUCUGCAGUCUAGAGUGCCGGCAGCAACAGAUGAACAGAGACGAGAGAAUGGACAACUGUUCAUUGGCUUCCAAGAGAGAAGGCUCCGGCUCUUCCACCGCCGGCGCAGCCCAAGUCCCCAGCAAAGGCGAGACUGUUGCGGCCUUGUAGCCCCCCAUCGGCCUUCCACAACCCUUGCCUCUAACAUUUUAUAUAUAAAAAGCUAGAACUAGAAUUAUGAAUAUGUCUUUGGGUUGGAGCAGGGGAGUGCAGAUAUAUGUUUUUUUUUGUGGUGGUAUAUGGUGGGUGUGGAGUUUUGGGCUGGAGCUGUUAUUUUUGUUUGGAUCCAAACGUAUACAACCAUUAGCCUGUAAUUCUUCUUAGUUUAAUUUCUUCCCGUCCUGUUUUGCUUCUGCUAUGAGCUAUAUCAAUGGAUUAAUUAUGGAAGAAAUUUGCGUAUUUUCACGACUUC